CCUGGGCAAUUGGAAUGCAGGGCUCCUAAGAUUCCACGACACCCCCACCUUCCAAUUCUGUUAUUGCAACUGCAGACGGUUACCUGGCACGCUGGCGACAAUCUUCCUCACUCUUGUCAAACUCUGAGUCACUGGCAGUGCCUGCAGCUCUGAGCUCAGGCACCUCAAACUUUAUUUUUGUGGUUAAGGAUCCUAAAGUGUUGUGGGGAGUGAUCACGUUUUUCUCAACAGUAAGUUAAGAAUUUCAGUUACUGACAUCCCUCAGUCCUGACUAAACCUAUUUGAUUUCACCAAUUUUUAACCCAUCACGUGUUGGCGUUUCUUCUCCCCAGUCCCUGGCUCCACCUCUUCUGCCACAAACGUCAGCUUGGUGGUAUCUGCUGGCCCUUAGUCCAGUGAGAAGGCAGAGAUGAACAUUCUAGAAAUCAACGAGAAAUUGCGCCCCCAGCUGGCAGAGAAGAAACAGCAGUUCAGAAACAUCAAAGAGAAAUUUUGUAACUCAAGUGGCCUGCUUCCUGGCCAACUGGCAGAACAAAUACAGCAAUAUAAAGUCCUGGUUCACUCUCAGGCAUGAGAGCUGGCCCGGUUAAGGGAGAAGUUACGGGAAGGGAGAGAUGCCUCCCGCUCAUUGACUCAGCAUCUCCAGGCCCUCCUCACUCCAGAUGAGCCGGACAAGUCCCAGCGGCGGGACAUCCAAGAACAGCUGGCUGAGGGGUGUAGGCUGGCACAGCACCUUGUCCAAAAGCUCAGCCCAGAAAAUGACGAAGAUGAGGAUGAAGAUGUUCAAGUUGAGGAAGCUGAGAAAGUACAGGAUUCAUGUGCCCCCAGGGAGGUGCAGAAGGCUGAAGAAAGGGAAGUCCGGGACUCACUGGAGGAAUGUGCUGUCACUUGUUCAAAUAGCCAUGUUCCUUGUGACUCCAACCAGCCACACAGGAAUACCAAGAUCACAUUUGUGGAAGACGAAGUCGACUCAACUCUCAUUGACUCAUCCUCUCAUGAUGAGUGGGAGGAUGCUGUACAUAUUAUCCCAGUUAAAGGCCCCACAUCUUCUGCCACAAACGUCAGCAUGGUGGUAUCUGCUGGCCCUUGGUUCAGUGAGAAGGCAGAGAUGAACAUUCUAGAAAUCAACGAGAAAUUGCGCCCCCAGCUGGCAGAGAAGAAACAGCAGUUCAGAAACAUCAAAGAGAAAUUUCUUGUAACUCAAGUGGCCUACUUCCUGGCCAACCAGCAGAAUAAAUACAGUAAGAUCUCUAGGCUCACCAUCAUGAAAGUGAUGAAUGACAUCCUGUCUUCUCUCUGAGAAACUAAUGUUAAAUGUUCUCUACCCUCUCACCUUAGGCAAUAUAAAGUCCUGGUUCACUCUCAGGCACGAGAGCUGAUCCAGUUAAGGGAGAAGUUACGGGAAGGGAGAGAUGCCUCCCGCUCAUUGACUCAGCAUCUCCAGGCCCUCCUCACUCUGGAUGAGCCGGACAAGUCCCAGCGGCGGGACAUCCAAGAACAGCUGGCCAAGGGGUGUAGGCUGGCACAGCACCUCGUCCACAAGCUCAGCUCAGAAGAUGAUGAAGAUGAGGAUGAAAAUGAUAAAGCUGAGGAGGUUGAUAAAGUACAGGAAUCACCUGCCCCCAGGGAGGCACAGAAGGCUGAAGAAAAGGAAGUCCCUGAAGACUCACUGGAGGAAUGUGUCAUCAGUUGUUCAAAUAGCCACGGCCCUUGUAACUCCAACCCGCUACACAGGAACACAAAAAUCACAUUUGAGGAAGACAAAGCCACCUCAACUCUGAUUGUAGAUGGUGAAUCCUCUCAAGAUGAAUGGCAGGAUACUCUAAACAUUCUCCCAGAAAAUCAAAAUGAUCAUGAGGAAGAGGAAGGGAAAGCGCCAGUGCCCCCCAGUCACCAUGAUAUGUCCCAAUCUUACCAGCCUUGCGAAGCCACUUUCUUGGCACUGGACGAACAGAAAGUUUGCUCUGCUCAGGACGUAGCCAGCAAACACUCCAAUUCCAAAGGAGAGGAAACCCCACUUGGCUUCCCAGAAAAGCAACUUGGUCUUGAAGAGGUGAAAAGACAAGAAACAAUUACUCCCAGGCUCAGCAGGGAACCGCUGAGGGUGGACAAGCAUGAAGUCCCCCGGGAGUUACUGGAUAGAUGUUAUUUGAUUGCUUCUGUUCUUCCUGACCUGACUCACUCCUGCCAGCCUUAUAGGAGAACUUUGUAUUCUUUUGAAGAAAAGCAAGUCAGCUUGGCUCUUGUAGACAAAAUUAACAAGGAUCAAGAGGAGCUAGUCGACCAAGACCCACCAUGCCGCAGACUGAGGCAGGAGCUGCUAGAGGUGGAGGAGCAGGAGGUCCCAGAGAACUCCCUGGAUGAAGUUUACUUGACUCCUUCGGUUCCCCAUGACCUGUGUGACUGCCACCAGGCUUAUAGCAGCACCUUGUACUCACUGGAGGAUCAGCUCGCCUGCUCUGCUCUAGAUAUAGCCUCUCCCACCCAGACAGCUUGUCCCCACCGGCCUUGGAGUGGAGACUUGAGCCACCACCUGUCAGAGGUUGAGGCUUCACAGGCACAGCCGGAGCUGAGAACCCUGGUGCCCAAUUGUCUGCGACUGCAGCUGGAUCAAGGGUUUGACUGUGGCUAUGGCUUAGCCAGGCCGAGCGUUUCCUCCACCACCUGCAGCUUCACAGCCAACGCUGAUCCUGGGAAGCAAUGGCCCUUCCAAGAGCUGGGUUCGGAGCCUUGCCUUGGAAUGAAGAACCCUCCCCAGCUGGAAGGUGAUGGUCUUGAAGGCUCAACCGACAACACACAUGGGCAUCAAGUCAUUGGCCACAUUCAUGCCUCAAGUGUCCUAAAACUGAAAAUGAUCAAAAGAAAACCGCCGUUCAGCAGGUGGAGACUGGCAUGCAGAUUCCCUGGCCUGCAAGCUUAGAGCAGGAAAAUACCAAAUACUGCUGGAAGGAUGAAAAAGAUGAAAAGAUGUCACAAAAAGUAGCUUUUCCGCUUGAUGAAAAAAACUAAAACAGCAAAGCAAGUUGAAGUUCAAAUACAACACUGCAGGGGUCCUUUGCUGAGGACUGAAUUUUAGACACAGAACGCUCUUGAUGAUUUCAACCCACUAGGAUCCAUUGAUUUGAGAAACCACAAUCCGUCCCAUUUCCACUUGUGAUGAAUACCCAAGGACACCAAUUCCCAGAUGGACAAACAGCAUUGAGAGGCCUUAGCCCUGCUCCUCUCAAUUCCAUCCUGUAGAGAACAGGAGUCAGGAGCUGCUGGCAGGAGACAGUAUGUCACCUGAGACUCUGCCGGUGCAGAAUAUGAACAUUGCCAUGUUCUUGCAGAAAACGCUUAGCCUGAGUUUCAUAGGAGAUAAUCACCAGACAACUGCAGAAUAUAGAACACUGAGCAGGACAACUGACGUGUCUCCUUCACACAGUCCAUGUCACCACGAAUCACACAACAAAAAGGAGAAGAGACAUUUUGGGUAGAAAGAUAAUGUAGCUACAUUUCUUCAGUUAUUUUGAACCCAAAGUAUCUCCUCAUCUUUUUGUUGUUGUCAUUGAUGGUGGUGACAUGGACUUGUUUGUAGAGGACAGGUCAGCUGUCUGGCUCAAUGGUCUUCAUUCUGAAGUUGUCAGAAAAUUUCCUUAUGAUUAAAUUCAGCCUAAACAUUUUGCCAGGAACACUGCAGAGUCAAUGCUGUGAGUUUCCAACCUCAGCUCAUCUGCAGGCAGAGAAGGUCCGGUUUGUCUGUCACCAUUAUUGUUAUAUCAGGACUGGUUAUGUGGUUAAGGAGGGAUCUGGGAGAUCUGUCCUUUGUAAAGACACCUUAUUUAUAAUUAAUUUGGAAAGUGGUUUGAAAAAGGAUAAAUACCCCGUAUUCUAACAAUCUUCCUCUGAGAAUUUCAUCAUCAAUUAAUCACCCCUGGCUGUGUCAGUUAUUAUAUUUAUGUUUGUACAUUGGAAAUUU